GCACUUCUCAACACGGUUUCAUGCGCCACUCAGCUGACCUCGUGUGCGAAUGAGAAAAAUCAAUGCCAUCUAGAAUGUAGCAGAGAACUUCUAUUCAACAGGCUCCAGUCGGAGCUAUGCAUUGAAAUCUUGCACGGUAACAGAACCGUUGGAUCAGCAAAAUUCACCAAGAAGUCCAUUGACUUUAAAAGCUCGAAAGCCACGGAGUUUCUCACAAGACCAACAAAAUUGUCGCUUUACCACACUAAACGCUGCGCCACAACACGGUCAUGUCAGAACAACAAGUGUGAAACGAUUAAGCAGAAUGAAACAGGCAAGCUUCAAAAUAUCCUGGCUACCGGCUGUAUGAACAGUUGCGGAGGAAUCUUCUGCGGAUGUGGUCCUAGUUUCUGGUUCUAUAAAAUUGCUCAUAGACCAAUAUCAGAUCGAAUAUUUGAAAUCACACAGUGUCCUCACUGGACCACUACGGUCAAAUUAGAGAUCGAACAAUCAUUUACGCCAUAUGUGGCUACUAACAUUGAUAGAUUGACAUUGAUUCAACAUAAUAAUAACCAUGCAAAAAAAAUACAAAGACCAUGUAUAAUCUUAGAAAAACGAGUGCCUUUGCAAAUACACAAAGAUAAAGCAUAUUUCUUGGCACCUAAUUUCCGAAUUGCAAUCGCAUGCAACACACCUACUCAAGCAAUGCGAGAGUUCUCUACCUGUUCCAAUAUAAUUCAGUGCAAAUGGAAAUUCGCCCACAUAGUCAGUGUCCGCACGAUUCGUACCAAAACUUUGUGA